GGCUGGGAUAAAGUUAUACUGAAAACUUUAAAAUUGAUAUCACACCCUAAUUUGUGUUCCACAGGGAGGGGGAGAAAAAAAAGAGAGCCCAACAACACACAGGGCUCUGCUUACACCAUGAGAAGGGGAGCUCUUGGCUGCAUUGUGGGCUCGCCCAACAUUCAGCUGGGAAUUUCUUGCUGUGUCUUAGCUCUUGCCGGAGGUCAUGCAAAUCGACCUUAAAAGAAUGCAUAAGCCAUAAAUUAAAAUAAACCCCGUAGCUACGGGCUGAUCCAUAAGUAGACAAUACCUAACCUGGACAAAACGGCUUCCUUUGCGAGCUGGAAGAAAAGAAUAGUGCCUAAAGUAAACGCAAAGUCAGUUUCAUGAAUUUAAAAGAAACUUACCCGUGAUUUCUGGGUGCCAGGGUUGGUUUUCUUGUGUAUUUAUUCGUGGAAGAGCAACUAUGGAUCCAACCCAUAUCAAACUUCACAAUGGAAUCUUCUGGAGGCAAAUAACAGCAUGAAACUACUUCUUUGAGAAGAUGAUGCCAGAUGCACAGGACUGUACUUAUUAGCUGCUGUCUUGCUGGCUUCUUCUCUGAUGACACCUAUCACGGGACACUGCUAGAGCACAGAGUCAGCCUGUGAAAGGGCCAGCUUUAUGUGGCAACCCAACAGAGUUACACACAGAAGUCCACUGAAAUCAGUGUCUUAAGGAUGCCUCUGUGUUGGAUUCUGGAAUCGGACUUAAGGUAGAGUGAUCUAGGGGAUGGAUGAGAGAAGUAACCAGAAGAGGUGGUGCCCAUGGCACUUGUUCAAAAAUCCAAAUUUUCCCAUGGGCCUAAAAAGGUUGGAGAACCCUGAAGUAAGAAGAAUGUCUUCCAAGCAGGCCACCUCUCCAUUUGCAGCCGAUGGAGAGGAAGCAACAACCCAGGACUUAGCAUCACAGGAACAGGAAGAAGGCAACAAUGAAGAGAUUGUGGCUUCCCAUCUGCCUCUACACACCCUAUUGCACAACAAACCUCACUCCGAGGAGCUACCGACUCUAGUCACUACAAUCCAACAAGACGCUGACUGGAACAGUGUUAUCUCAACCCAGCACAGAAUGGAGUCAGAAAGUAAUAAGUUAUGUUCCUUAUAUUCCUUCCGAAAUACUUCUACCUCACCACAUAAGCCCGAAGAAGGAGGCCGUGACCGCAGUGAGCUAAUGACCAGUGUUAACUUUGGAACUCCAGAACGCCGCAAAGGAAGUCUUGCCGAUGUGGUGGACACACUGAAACAGAAGAAGCUGGAGGAGAUGACCAGAACUGAGCAGGAGGAUUCAUCUUGCAUGGAAAAAUUACUUUCUAAAGACUGGAAGGAGAAAAUGGAAAGAUUAAACACAAGUGAACUCCUUGGAGAAAUUAAAGGUACACCUGAAAGCCUAGCAGAAAAAGAGCGACAGCUCUCUACCAUGAUCAGUCAGCUCAUCAGUUUACGGGAGCAGCUUCUGGCUGCCCAUGAUGAGCAGAAAAAGCUGGCAGCAUCACAAAUUGAAAAACAACGGCAGCAAAUGGACCUUGCUCGCCAACAGCAAGAACAGAUUGCAAGACAACAGCAGCAACUUUUGCAACAGCAGCACAAAAUCAAUCUACUGCAGCAGCAAAUUCAGCAGGUUCAGGGUCACAUGCCUCCGCUCAUGAUCCCAAUUUUUCCACACGACCAGCGGACAUUGGCAGCGGCUGCUGCAGCCCAGCAGGGAUUCCUUUUCCCCCCAGGAAUAACAUACAAGCCAGGUGAUAACUAUCCUGUGCAGUUCAUUCCAUCAACAAUGGCAGCUGCUGCUGCUUCUGGACUCAGCCCUUUACAGCUCCAGCAACUCUAUGCCGCUCAGUUGGCCAGCAUGCAAGUUUCACCUGGAGCAAAGAUGCCCUCCACCCCUCAGCCGCCAAACACAACAGGGGCACUUUCACCUACUGGGAUGAAAAAUGAAAAGAGAGGGACCAGCCCUAUAACUCAAGUUAAGGAUGAUGCCGCACAGCCACUGAAUCUCUCAGCCAGACCUAAGACAGCGGAACCUGUCAAAUCCCCGACAUCACCAACACAGAACCUCUUUCCUACUAAUAAAACCAGCCCUGUGAAUGUGGCCCAUAAAAGUGGAAUCCCCAGCCCUAUUGGUGCAACUCUGGGAAGAGGAUCUUCUCUAGAUAUCCUUUCCAGUCUUAACUCACCUGCCCUGUUUGGGGACCAGGAUACAGUCAUGAAAGCCAUUCAGGAGGCUCGAAAGAUGAGAGAACAGAUCCAGAGGGAGCAACAGCAACAUCCUCAUGGUAUCGAUGGAAAACUUCCCUCCAUGAAUAACAUGGGUCUAAACAACUGUAGGACUGAAAAGGAAAGAACACGCUAUGAGAAUUUAGGCCCACCGCUGUCAGGGAAGCCAGGUGAAGAUGGAAAAAUAGGCCCAGGAGUCAUUGAUCUUACAAGGCCAGAAGAUGCAGAGGGAAGUAAAGCAAUGAAUGGCUCUGCAGCUAAACUACAGCAGUAUUAUUGUUGGCCAACAGGAGGUGCCACUGUGGCUGAGGCUCGAGUCUACAGGGAUGCCCGGGGCCGAAGUAGCAGCGAGCCACAUAUCAAACGACCAAUGAACGCUUUUAUGGUUUGGGCAAAGGAUGAACGCAGAAAAAUUCUUCAAGCCUUUCCUGACAUGCACAACUCCAAUAUUAGCAAAAUCCUCGGCUCCCGCUGGAAAUCCAUGUCAAACCAAGAGAAACAACCUUACUAUGAAGAGCAAGCACGGCUAAGUAAAAUCCACUUAGAGAAGUAUCCUAAUUACAAAUAUAAACCCCGACCAAAACGCACCUGCAUUGUUGACGGCAAGAAACUGCGUAUUGGAGAAUAUAAACAGCUGAUGAGAUCUCGAAGGCAGGAGAUGAGGCAAUUUUUUACCGUAGGGCAACAGCCUCAGAUUCCAAUCACCACAGGAACAGGUGUGGUCUACCCUGGUGCUAUUACUAUGGCAACUACGACACCAUCGCCUCAGAUGACAUCUGAUUGCUCCAGCACCUCGGCAAGCCCUGAGCCCAGCAUCCCUGUCAUCCAGAGCACUUAUGGCAUGAAGACGGACAGCGGGAGUCUUGCUGGAAAUGAAAUGAUAAAUGGGGAGGAUGAGAUGGAAAUGUAUGAGGACUUUGAGGAUGACCCCAAAUCAGACUAUAGCAGUGAAAAUGAAGCCCAUGAGGCUGUCACUGCCAACUGAGGAAGUUUGCUGAAUUAAAGUACUCUGACUUUUUUGUUUUGUUUUGAACAAAAAGUUCUUAAAUGAGCCUGCAUGCAUGUGUGGCUCCUACAGUUACAUCUGCAGAAUGGUCUUAAAUGUUUCUUAAUGUGUGACACAGAUUGUUCCCUAAUUUUCAUGAACUUUUUUAAAAUUUAGAUGAAGACGUUAAGUAUCAGACAUUGGGACUUGAAAACUUAUACAAAUCAAUAGCUGUCUUACAAGUCUUACCUUUUUUGUCUAUUUUUUUCUCCCCCUGGAUGCUGAGAAAAAAGGUUUUAAGUUACUGUUUUAAAUGGGGGUUUUACAUUCUCACUCAGGUAUGCUGUGCCAGCCUACAGGUUGUGAAUGUUUUUAUUCUGAAUUAUUUUAGAAAACAGAAAAAAAGAAGUGCAAAUUUCCUACCAUGAAACAGAACAAGUCCUCAAGUGUGUGCAUCCGUGUGUCUUUGCUCAUCUUUUUUAAACAAGGUCUCUAAAUUCCAUUUUUUCUCCAUUUGUAUAGCUGAUCUUCUGAUGUGCCAAACUUUCAUAACUUUUGAAUCUUAACAUUUAAAAAAAGUCUUAAGGGAGACACUGUAAAGUCUUAGACAAUCCUUUGGCAUCUUAAAAUAUCUAUAAUCUUAAAAAUAAAAACCUAAUUUUUCCAGAAAAUGGUAAAUUACUCAGGAAUCUGGAGAUAGGAUAUUCUGAAAAUAGUGAACAUGAUUGCCACAAUGCACUUGCCCAGUUGCUUCUGCCUCUUAAUGUACCAUCAGUAUAAAAUACUAAGUAAGCACAAAAGAGCGAUCACCAGCUACAGACAGGCCUAUCUUAAGAAUGUAAGGCCACCUCCAAAUCCAUUCACAGUCCCUUUGCUUUUAACCCUUACAUUCAGUCUUAAUUACAUUUUCUCUUAACAAUGUAUUCAUUCCAGAAUGUCAGGGGUCCACGUACUUUUUUUUUAAAAGUAUGUUAGGUCAGCAUUAUAUUUUCAUUUUGCCAUUUUCUUUAUAAAAUGCCCUUUCCCCUAAAAGCCUGUGGGUUUCUUAAAAUAGCAGAGCACUUAAUAUUGAAAGGAAACUAUAUGCUUAUAUGGGAAAUCAUGUUUUUUCAUGUCAAAAACACUUGGGAAAACUCUUUGACAUGUAGAACAAAAGGAUGCAAAUAGUAUGUCUGUGCUAUGUGUCUGUUUUAUACUUGGGCCAGGAUCCAAAGAAUUAUCCAGCUAGUUCCACAAGGCCAAAAGUGCUUUGGACUUAUGUUUCCUGAGCUGCAACCCACCUUCUCUUUGUAUGAGCCAAUUUUGAAACUGAGGAAAGUUGUUUCAGAAGCAGUAUGUGAUGUGACAUUGUUAUUUGGUUCCAAGGGGGAAAAUUAAUAAAAAUCCAGCUGAGCUAAUAUAACCCUUUGGGCCCUCCUAAAGUGUCCCAACUAAAUUCCCUUUAUGGUUGCAUAGCAUACAAAAACUCCCUGAGUUUUCCUCAUGGGAUUUUGAUGCAAAUGCUGUGCUAAUAGUCACGUAUCAUUUGCUGACAUCAUUUUACUGCUCUCUUUUAGGUUUCAAAUUACUUUACCAAUAGAGGCCUAACAUGCAGGAAAAUAUUUGAAGGACUUUAGGAUUUGCCCUAUAAACUAAGCAGGCAUACAGCUGUUUCUCAAGCAUAGUAUGAAAUCAGAUCAAUAUCUGUGAAGUGCUCAGGCCUUCAGAUCAAAGGUGCUACAGAAAUUUAAAAAAUUAUGCAUUUCAUUUCUAAUACAUAAUUUUCUUAAAUAUAAAUCUGACUUCUAAAGAAGGGGGGGUGGCAGGGACAAAACAUUCCCAAGUUAAUAAUCUUGGUCUUAAUAUAAACACCCAGUGGUCCAAAUCAACUUGGUGGAUGUCAGGGUUCACUCCAGAUAUUUGAAUUUGAUCUUUUUUAUGCAGCGUUGAAGGUCUAGGCCACAGUCUACUGUCUGGGUUUGAGGUAUAGUAACAUCUAGACACUCCCGUGAUGAGCACAUGCUAUAGAAAACAACUACAUUUCGUAAAUACGUAUGUUUAGUAAUCAGGCCACUUAUAUGAAUAAGCUUUGAUUCAGGAUUUUUCUAAAUAUUCAGUCACACAAAGAGAAGGGGGGGGAAAUCUGUUGUUUACUUAUUUUUAGUAUACUCCAUAAAGAUGGCAAUUGUAUAGGGGCAAAAUAUUGGUGCCCUCUAAAUAAAGCCAACUUCACACAAAUACUUGAUGAUGUGGGAGCCACAUUUCAUUACAUUUAUGUGGUGACUGCUUUGGGCAUCAAAUUAGUUGUGUGCAAUUUCUCUGUGCCAGCACAAACUGUCAACAUGAAUGUUUUGAGGUGAUAGACAUCAGGUACUAAUUCAGAUAGAGCAACUAACAUACAAAUACAAUUUCAAGCAGCCUAUUCCAUGCUGACUCUGAAUUGUUUGAAGUGGGAUUAUGUUAAGGGUUCUUCUUUAUGUAAAGAUGCCACCUUUAAGGCUGGAAGCGCACCCUCAUCUCUCGCUAGCUUUGCUCAGGGGAAAGAAUGCCAGGAUUUCUAAAAACUUUUCUGCACCUUGUGUGAUGGCCAAACCAGCAUGUGAUACAUGCAUAGGCAUGAACCAGUUAUUCUGAAAACAUGAAUUGCAAGUAGGUAGGGAUGGGGAAGAAAUUUGAUUCAGUUUACAUUUAAAGCCGAAUCUAUCAAAUCUGCACUUUCUGAAACAAUAUGAGAACCGAACACAGUCAUCGUUUGAAAUUCACACAUCCAAAUUUUGUUGUGCAAAAUGCAGUUAUUAGGGGAAAGUGUGCAUAAAAAUGAAUAUAUUUGUGAAAAUAAGAAUGCAAAAAUACUUUAAUAUUAGGGGACAUUGCUUGCAAAAAUGUGUACAUUAGUCAAAACUGCAUACUAAUGUGCUUAUUAGGAGAAAUUUGCACUAAAAUGCUGAAGAAUCUUCACAUGGAUUUUUUUAAAAAAAAUUCAAAUUGCUGCAGAAAUGGGGAGAACUGAAUUUAAGACUGAAAAAAAUGAGAAAUUGAGAGAACUUCCCUCCCUAGUUGCAACCCAUGCAACAAACAACAAUCCCUGGCUCAAAAUAGAAGCCUAUUUUACCAGUAAGCAGUGUAUAAAUUAAUGAUAUUGAUAAGAAUUAUUAUGGGCUUACCAAUUAUGGUUUGUUUCCGUGAAACAAACCAUGAGCCCUGGUUUGGAUGUUAUUCUAAGCCUGGGAUCAUGGUCUGUUUCUCUCACGUACCAGUACAGAACAGCAAACCCAGUGUGAUUCAUUUGUGCGUAGUAAACCACCUCUUAUGGCUUAUCAUGACAUGCAAACAUGGCAAUAUUAGUGCAGAGCAUUGGCAUGCUAUCAUACAAUCUUGCAGAAUUAUUAAAGAAAACUAAUGCUCUGACAGUUUUCAGAAACAAUGCUGGAGGUGGAGGUAGUCAGUUUUUGCAAUGUAAAAAUAGACAAUUUAACCCACACAAGCAAGUGGAGACUGCUAAGUUUACAUGAAAAAAUAUUUUUAUUACAUAUAAACACUCUCAUCAAGCUUUGGCAGCCAUUUUGUGGCAUGAUCUCUCUUUAAUAUUUAUUUGAAUAGUGUUCUCAUGUCUAUAGCUAAAGCAAUAAAAUUGUUCUAGCCGAGAUCUUUAAAAGCACUUGUUGUGUCAUUAGCUGGUGAGCGCCCUCUUUAUCUAGUUAAGGUACUGAAAGAAAAUCCUUUGUUAUUAUGAUUAUUUGGGAAUUUGAGCUGUUCUACAUGCAGUUUGGGGAGGUACCAUUUUUUCCCUAAAGAAUGAUUAUUUAUUAUUUUUCUACAAGUUUCUCCUUUUAUAAAUCUCUCUCCACCCUACAUUUCUUUUCUCUCCAUUUCUUCAUUUUUAUUUUAUUUUUGCUCAUAGGUAGAAUGCUGUAUUGCUAGCGUAUUUUCUGUAAUUAUAUUUGCACAAAGGCAAACAUUUAGUUUAGUGGUUUAAUUUCUUUUUAUAAAUUUUAUUACCAUGCCAAAAUAAUAUUCUGCAGGCUGGCAGAGAACAAAGGACUGUUCUUUAGGACUGAAACUUGAUUUUGCUCAUAGUACAAAAACACACACUCGGCAGAUGUUAUUUCGUAAGUGUUAUAAGCACUGGAUAUAAAUGGUAUUUUUUAUCACUUCUAACUAAUGUGAAACUGUUGUACAAAAACAACAUGAACAAAAGUCAUCUGUUUCGACUCGUGUGGGCCUGCCUCACAGUUGCCGGAUUUGAGUCAUUUUAAUGUCUUUGUUGUUUCAUUUAUUUAUGCAAAAUUCAUAUAUGUAUUAAUACUUUGUUUUAGCUCCAGCCCUGCAUCUGUGUUGAUGAUCUAUAACUUAAAGCUGCAUUCUUGACACUGAUUGGCUCUUCAUGAAUCAGCAGAGGGUAGAAUACUACUUUGUUGGUCAGGUUGGGUAAAAAAAGGUAUUUUAAUCUAAAUAGUGCAGAAACAGUGUAUUAUAUUUAUUAGCCAAUAUUGGCUCUAAAGUGUCAAUAGAAAUUAAGGAAGGACAAUCACAUGGAAACACAAACUUUUUUUCAUUCUUAAUUGGAGCUCAAAACAAAGUUUUUGAUAAGUCACCAUCUCAUUUUAGAUUUUUUUUAAAAAAUGUGUAAAUAUAACAUAGGAAAUAGAAUUUUAUUUUUUGUUCAUGGAUACUUAGUGAAGUAUAAGUUAUGUAUUUACUUUUGUUGUGUAUCAGUGUACAUUGGUCCAUAUUAAAUGCUGACAAAUCACUGUACCUCAUGUAGAUGCUGAAUUUACACCUGCAGUGCGAGAGCAGUAUUGUGGACCUGUAGCAAGGAUGGCAAGAUGCCUCACUUGUGCCCUCCUUCAAAUCUGAAUCCUGUAUUUCAUAAAUAUCUAACAUUUCAAAAUAUUGCACCUGUUUAUAGAAUAGGGGAGAGGAUCCCCUGGGGCCCUCCAGAUGUUGCUGGAUUACAGCUCCCAUAAGCUCUAGCCUUGAUAGGAGUUGGAAUCCAGCGUCUGGAGGGCCAAAACUUCUCCAUCCCUGCUGUACAAUAACAACCCUCCCUCUUUGGUAAUGGCAUUGUAUUUAUUAAGACUAAUAAAAUAAUAGUUAGAGAUUCAGCCUGAUAGUCUGUUCCCCAGGACUGUUACACCAGCAAAUUAAUGCAUAGAAUGUGGAGUGCCAACUACUCCCCUUGUGCAGCAUUGCAGACCAUGACUCUAGUCAAGAAAAAGGAUGUAAAUCACAUUUACAUCUCCAUCGAAAUAUAUGGGCAAGUUGGGCACUACUAAUUUAAGUCCCAUUGAUUUAAAUUAAACAUAACUUUCUCUUGAUCAGGGCCAUGAUGUAACACUGUUGUUGCAGGCUCUGGCGCCUUUGCCAAUAUAGUCCUAUUAAAUUCCUUGGAAGUAGAUUGAAUAGUAUAAUCAAUCACUGAACAGCUCCUAUCCUCAAAGUACACUAUCCAAAUAGCUUCCAUCCUCCUCCUACUUAAUUAGGCUUACUGUAAAAAGCAACUGCUUUAAGAACUAGUUUGCAUAAGUGCCAGCUUUCUAGUUUAGUUUGUACUCAGUUUGCUUCAUAAUUUGUAAUUUGAUCCCAAGUGAAACUGAUGAAAGUUCUUAAAUUUUGUCUGAAAGUAACCAAUGUGAAUAGCAAAGUGUGUCAAUGAGGAUAACAAAUUAAGAAAGUAAAAUAAAUAAAUAAAUGGUGCUCUGGAAGGUUUUCAUUAGCCAAGCUUUUGUAAGCAAUGCCAGUUAUUAAAUAUAAGACUGAACUGGUUUGAUCUGUAUUUGGUGUGGAAUGAUACUGGCAUAUAAAACAAUAAAACAAUAAUAAAGUGGCUUAUAGAAUUCUUUGUUAGAAAAGACCAUGGUAAACAGAGUUCUCUAGUGCCCAAGAAUAAUACUGAUUAAAAAAAUUAAUCUGAUGCCAAACACAUAUGUAACAAGAAUAUCUGGGCUGUGAUCAGUAUUUCUGGAUUAUUUCCCAAUUUUCCUAGCAAAGGCAAAGUUUAUAAAAGGCUUUUAUUUCAAGAGAAAACUUACGAAAUGCUUUGUUACCAAAUCGAAAUAAAUACUUCAAUUGACUUGAUAUUUAACAAAUUGAAAAUAAAGUCUUAAUGAAACUGAAACACAAUUUCACAGGGUUUAUGCUUUAUAGAGAGAAAAAUAGCUGUAAUCAAACACCCCAUUUCUUAGAAUAUAAGUUGUAGCCUUAUACAUAGUCAAAAGCAGAAAGUGGCGAGCAUCCAAAAAUCCAGGAAUAAAAAAGGAGGGAAAAUCCCAAGAUGCUAGAAAAUGAGGUGUGGUCCAUGGUGGUCAUCUAUCAUUUCAAGCAAUCUUGCUAGAAGAGAAUAUUACAGACCAGUCCAUCCCCUGACAAAGGCCAGACAAUAUAGUGGUUGAAAUGCAUUGUGCUAUAAAAAAAGUUAACACCUCAUUUUCCAGCAUCUUGGGAUUUCCGCCCCUUAUACAGAGUCAGCAGCAGCUGUCCAGGGAUGCAGGCAGAGUCUUUUGCCUUUCCUGCUAACUGACUUUUUUAGCUAAAGAUGCUAGGGUUUGAACCUGGGACUUUAUACAUGCAAUGCAUGUGCUUUAUCACUGAGCUGAAGACGCCUCCUCCUCUUACCUAAAUUUAUGCUGGUACCCCAAAUAUGCCCUUUGGGGAAAGCUGUGGAAUCACCAACUGAUCCAAAAUCACUGUGCUCACAGUUAUCAAGAGGCAGUGUAAAGGGGACAAGCUGGGAUUGCAGUGGAGUAACAACUCCCAUACAUAUGGCUAUUCUGUUCAUUGUGUGUGUGUGCGUGCGUGCGUGCGCACGUGUUAUUUACAGUAAAUACAGAACCCUGUGAAAAAGGACAGCAGUAACUUAAAAAAAAAGAUUGUGUAAAUGAAACAAUGAUUGUGUAAAUGCAAAUAUCCCCUAAUACAAAGUUAAAGCAUGAACUCCUACUGUAUCUAAUGAUGCUCUUUGUCUUCUUGAAGCCUGACAUUUCUUUCUACUUUACUGAAAAUAAUUUUCCAGUAAAAAAUGCCGUAACGCUCCAGUCCAGAGAAGCACUUAGUGCUGGAAUCCUCACACCACACAUUCUGGAAUAGGCCUAGUGGAAGCCCAUGUUACUACUUCAGAGAAAGUGGUACGAAGAUCACAGCCUCAGGCACCAGUUUAACUUUAAGCAAUGGAGCCAUUCUACUGAAGUCCAAAAGAUUUAAGUAUAUGUUUAAAGCUGAGCAGAAUUUUAUGUGUAUAUCUGGAUUGGAUCUUCAGUGCCAACAACUGCUCUAGAAAUGCAGCUGGUAGAAUGUAUAAUAGAGUAUUUCAUAUUUUCGAUAAAAAAUAGUCUCAGAACCUAGAUGUUUGCAUGUGUGUUUAAAGACUGAAGUUGGCACUUAAGCAUGUCCUGUUUAAAGACUAACAUAUGACCUCAUUUGAUUUUUUACAAAGGCACUUACUCUUUUUCUCAAACUUAAAUUCUCUUUACUUUCCUCCUUCUCUUCCCCCGCCCCUUUUUCUACCAACCAUUGUUCUCUGCAAUUUUUCUUAGACAACUUCUUUGAUAUACUGUAAUGUCUUAAUCUGAUGCUAAUACAAAAAAAAAGCAUUUACAGAAGUGAGUUGGUAUUUUUUUUUAUAUCUAGAUUUAUGCCAUUGAGUUCCAUAUCUCCCCUUAAAAAAUAAAACAAAAACAUAUUCAAGAUUAAUUUUUUAAAGUUCACAAAAAAGUAUUCUGAGGGAGUUCACUCAAUGUUUGCAAAGAGGAGGGUGGGUCUGCGGCGUAUGUGUGAAAGGAAAAUGUAUCCAAUUGGUAUUUAUGGCAAUAUGAAAGUUAUAAAGCAGCUUAGUGACAAAGUUUGCUUUAUAACUUCUGCUUUCUUAAAAAAACACAAGUGAGGUCCUUGGUGCUCUCAAAAAGUUUGGGGAAUGUGCAAAUAUUUAACUGUUUGUAUGCUGCACAUUGCAGAACUGCUAGUGUGCAUUCUCCGUAUUGUCUUCCUUUGUCAUUUGUGUUUUGCUUUCUCAAAAGCACAGGGUUGUUUUUCCCACGCACCCACCCCUGGUUACCCUUCAUCAGCCUGUAGAAAAUUUCAGAAUGUUUUAGUAUUUUUGUUCCUUCAUUAUUGUAUUUGCCAUGUACAAAUGUUUUAAUUACAUUAAGACAAGCUUAUAAGCUGUUACUACAUAACUUAUCUUACUGUAACUCUUUUCUUUCCUGACAUUGUAAUUUGUUUGUGAUGUAUAUUGUGAGAUUGUAUUCUAUGUUAAUUUAAUCAGCACAAUUCACUGACAUGCUGGACUGACAUGCUAGCUGCUGUUUCAAUGUGUAAAGUUUUUGUGUAGAGCUGUUGGGGGACAACUGAGACUCCCUUUGUCAAGGUACUAUGCUUUGGUUCCUAUAGCAACAGUGUGGGUGUGGCUCUUAAUGAUGCUAGGGCUGCUGUUUCUACACCCACAAGCAUUUUUGUUUAAACUGGCAGGUUUUCUUUUUAGAAAUUCUACAUACAGUGCAGGUACCUAUCUGGGCCCAGGGCUGGUAAUUUUUUGGGCAUGUAGAGGAAAAAAACCCUAGUGUCUAUUGCUGCUUUGAAUAUGUUUUAAAAGUCUGAAAAUGUAAAUAGUUUAUCCAAAAAAAAAAAACCUUGUACAGUCCAGUGUAAAGUUUUUAAAUGAACUUAAAAGGUUGCCAUUACAUCUCUCACACACUCUCCUCUUGAAGCAGUUUAAAAAGAAAAGAAAAAAAGGUUUGGUAAGGAUGUUGAUUUUUUUUAAGUAUCUGUGCUAUUAAUUUAAGGGGGGGAGAAUCAGCUCUGCUUCAUAGCAUAAACAGAUUUCUUGGAUUUUGUUGUGCAGUACUGAUGUGAGGUAAAUUAAAUAUUAAAUGAUUUUCAGUGGUACUUUUAAGAAUCUUCUCUUCUCCUCUGCCUCAGAAAUUCAUGGAAACGACAAAACUGAAAAAGACUGUCUUUAUAUCGUAUAUUCUGGUGUAUGUUGGCACCUUACCUACAUAAUUUGAGGGGAUUUCCCCCUUUUUUUCUCCCCCCCUUUUUUUUUGCACAAGGUGCUUUCCUGAUAUGUUAAACAUGUCAUCAUUGGGUGAUACCAUAUGCCAUGAUAAGGGGUUCUGACCCCUCAGGGGAGUGUCUAUAAGACUGCCUAUUUAUGCUCAUUUACCUCAAGACUGUCCUCUCUACCCUUAAUCUAUUCACCAUCACUCCAUCUUUUGUACUGCUGUUGACACUUACAGAUUAAAGAUAAAUUUUGUUUUA